AUGGCAAUGAAGCUCGAUCUAAACAGCGGCGACGAGGCGCAGUUAAGGGAUGCUCACAUGUGUGGAGAACUCGGCUACGCCAGGUACUGCGAUGUCAAGGCACUCUCCGACAUCACCGUUCGCUAUGGCCAAGAGGGGGAGAGAGUAUUCUAUGGUCACCGCAUUAUGUUGUGUAGUGUAUCUCGUUGGUUCCAAGCUGCCUUCACCGUAAACCUCCAGGGAAAUGAACUGCAAGAGAUCACACUGGAAGACGAUGACACUGAUGCUGUCCAGCACAUGCUCUAUCACGCUUAUGGGUUGCCAUCCCCGUCGUUACCAACGGCUAGUGAAUGGCUGGACCAUUUACGGUAUAACCUCAAUCUUUACCAAGUGGCAGAAAAGUAUUCUGUCCCGUCGCUGGCAACUAUGUCAGUCGGAUGUUUCAAGCGACACUGGGACUCGUAUCUUGAUGACAUCGAUGUUGCAGGGGAAGAUGUUUAUCAUUCCUAUCAAGAUGUGGUUCAACGCGUAUACAUUGUCGCAAGGGCACAAGAUGGAGAGCACAGACGAGAUCAUCCACUGGUCAAGAUCCUACUAGACGGCACGAUUACGCAUCAGCGUAUAUCGAUCACAAAAGAUCACGAUAAGAUUCUUGAUCUUUUCACCAAGGCCGCCGAUGAUGUCGCUGAAUUUGGCCGAGACAUCUUCGUUCACAUGAUGAACUCAACGAAACCAAAGACGGAUACUACGGGAUGCAUUUCGAUUACCUGGACAAAUAAGUUCACGUGUCCGGAGUGUGAACAUGCAUGGAUAAGAACACACGAUCCCCAUGUUAGUGAGGUCGUCAGCGGCCAUUGCCCGGAAUGUGAUACGUAUUUUAGCGACUGGAAUACUCAAAGGGCUAGUUAAAGUCAGGUCAGGAUGCGGCUACAGGACAAAAGAGGGCAUUGGCGGAGAGAUGGAAAGCGAGCUGAACCAUGGGAAAAGGUCUUGCUGCAAUUGCAACUCUAGGACUUAGUGAUUGGUAUUGUGAUGUCGGCACCGUUUGAUAUGAUUGCGCAACCAGGUACAGGAGGCACCAUGAUAGAAGCGUGGUUACUACCAGACGAUAGAUAGAAACACGAAUCUGGC